AUGAAGACUUCCAUCUUGGCUGCGGCCACGGCAUUGGCUUCCUUCGUCACCGGUAAAAAUGAUUUCCGAAGUCUGGGACGGUUGCUGCCACCCCUUGAAAACGGCGAUGUGCAUGCUGAGGCUUUCGCCGCGGCUGCUGUCACCACGACCGGGUCCGCCUUCUUCACCCAAUUGCUGGAUCACGAUGAUCCGAGCAAGGGAACCUUCCAACAGAAGUACUGGUGGAACUCGGAAUUUUGGGCAGGGCCAGGCUCGCCGGUUGUCUUCUUCACUCCCGGUGAAGCAGCCGCGGCGCCUUAUGGUUCAUACCUCACAAACGUUACAGUCUCUGGUCUCUUUGCCCAGGAGGUCCAGGGAGCUGUCAUCCUGUUCGAGCACCGAUACUACGGUGACUCGUCUCCAUACGAUACUCUAGAUGCCGAGACUCUGCAACUGUUGACUUUGCACCAAUCCAUGCAGGAUUUCACUUACUUCGCAAACACCGCCGCUCUCCCGUUCGAUAUCAACCACAGUUCGAAUGCUAACAAAGCGCCAUGGGUCUUCACAGGUGGCAGUUACUCCGGUGCUUUGGCAGCGUGGACUGAGAAGUUAUUUCCCGGUACUUUCUGGGCAUACCACGCUUCUAGUGCCCCCGUUGAAGCGAUAUACGACUACUGGCAAUAUUUUGCACCUAUCCAGGAGGGUAUGCCAAAGAACUGUAGCAGUGUGAGUAUCUCAUUAACCGAGGUCCAUCACAAUCUGACGGUCGAAAAGGACAUCACAGCUGUCGUUGAGCAUAUGGAUAAAGUUUUCAUGAAGGGAACCGACGCUGAGAAGCUCGCGCUCAAGACCCAAUUCGGUCUGGAGUCUCUUGAGCACAACGAUGAUGUUAUGGGUGUCCUGGAAUACGGCCCCUGGCUGUGGCAAUCCAACAGCUUUUCCACUGGUUACUCUGAUUUCUUCCAAUUCUGCGAUGCCAUUGAGGGUGUCGAGGCUGGAGCUGCCGUCACUCCAGACGCAAAUGGAAUUGGUCUCGAGAAGGCCCUCCCUAAUUACGCCAAAUGGGUAAACGAGACUCAAAUUCCAGGCUCUUGUCAAAACUACGGUUAUACGGACGAGCGCGAAACCAAGUGCUUCGACACAUACGACGAAACCAACAUCCUCUUCACCGACCGCGGUGUCAAUAACGUCGCCUUACUGCAGUGGCAAUGGAUGCUCUGUAACGAACCAUUCGGAUACUGGCAAGACGGUGCUCCUCGUCACGAGACUACCAUCGUCUCCCGCCUGAUCACAGGCGAUUACUGGCAACGCCAAUGCGGGCUUUUCUUCCCCACGGUCAACGGCUUUACUUACGCUUCCAACAUAUCGGCUGACAACAACGUGCACCAAGUCAACAAGCACACCGAGGGCUGGAGGCUCGAGGAUACUACCCGCUUGAUCUGGACCAACGGUCAAUACGACCCAUGGAAGACUUCCGGCAUGUCGAGUGAGUACAGACCGGGCGGGCCGUUCCCUGGCACUGAAGCUGCGCCGUUGCAGAUCAUUCCCGGGGGCUUCCAUUGCUCGGAUUUGAGGUUGAAGAAUGGACAGUAUAAUGCUGGUGCGCAGCAGGUUAUUGAUAAUGAGGUGGCGCAGAUAGUGAAGUGGGUAGCGGAAUACCAGAAGAAAUAG